AGAUCGUGCUAGAUCAGAGCCAGCUCACGUUCGUUUGGUUGCUGCCCAGAGAGAUAUCUGUGAUCCUAUCAAUGUGUUGUUCUUGGUUUACUUUUUAUAUGGGGUAGUCAGGAUGUCGUAUCCUCCAGAGUGGACUUAAGGGUUUUACGCCUCUGAAUGAAAGACUGGUCUUAGGAUACUUCCAGGAAGCUUUUUUUAUGUUCAUUUACGGGAUGUAGGCUCAAUGACAUAUCGAUUUUUACAGUGAAUACUUUCUGGAAUACUUAACUCGAAGUGAUUUUAUUACUUAAUCAUAUGUGUAACAGAACUCGAGCUCAAACAUGACACUUUAUUUAGAAGGUCUGAGUAAAGGUGAGCUCAACAAAGGGAUGGCUCAUUUCCAGGAAAUGAUGCGGCAGCAGCUGGAGAACUCCAUGUACACUGAGCUGCAGAAAAUGUUGGACACCACCACAGGGCCAGAGAGAGAGGUGGCCAAGAAAGACUUUGAGGGCUUCAAGAAUCUUUUCCACAGAUUUCUGCAGGUGAAGGGGCCCUCGGUUGAGUGGAUCAAGAUACAAAGACCCCCUGAAGACUCAAUCCAGCCCUACGAUAAAGUCGCUGCACGAGGCCUGCCAGACAGCGUGGCCAACAGCCUGAACAAACUGGUGGUGGUGAAGCUGAACGGAGGCCUGGGCACUAGCAUGGGAUGCAAGGGCCCCAAGAGCCUGAUCAGCGUUCGCAACGAGAACACCUUCCUGGAUCUCACUGUGCAGCAAAUAGAGCACCUGAACAAGACUUACAACACAGAUGUGCCCCUGGUCCUCAUGAACUCUUUCAACACAGAUGAAGACACAAAGAAGAUCCUGCAGAAGUACACGCACCACCGCGUCAAGAUACACACCUUUAACCAGAGCAGGUACCCUCGCAUCAACAAAGAGUCCCUCCUUCCUGUGGCCACAAGCUUGAUGAUGACCGGGCAAAACGCAGAAGGCUGGUACCCUCCAGGCCACGGUGACAUCUACGCCAGCUUCUACAACUCAGGCUUGCUGGACCAGCUGAUUGCUCAGGGCAAGGAGUACAUCUUUGUGUCCAAUAUCGACAACCUGGGAGCCACUGUAGACCUCCACAUCCUGCACCACCUGGUCAGCCAGCCCAACGGCAAGCGCUGCGAGUUCAUCAUGGAGGUGACUGACAAGACACGUGCUGACGUUAAGGGUGGCACACUGAUCCAGUAUGAAGGAAAACUGCGUCUGCUGGAGAUUGCCCAGGUGCCCAAGCCCAAUGUGGAUGAAUUCAAAUCGGUUUCCAAGUUCAAGAUCUUCAACACAAACAACCUGUGGAUCUCUCUGGCUGCCAUCAAGAGACUGCAGGAACAGAAGGCAAUGGACAUGGAGAUCAUAGUCAACCCCAAGACACUUGAUGGCGGGCAGAAUGUCAUCCAGCUGGAAACAGCAGUUGGUGCAGCCAUCAAAUGUUUUGACAACGCCCUGGGAAUAAACGUGCCUCGUAGCCGCUUCCUACCCGUCAAGACCACAUCCGACCUGCUGCUGGUCAUGUCCAACCUGUACAGCCUGGAGGCCGGCUGUCUCACCAUGAGCCCCAAGAGAGAGUUCCCAACAACUCCACACGUCAAACUGGGAAGCUCCUUCACCAAGGUUCAGGAGUACCUGACCCGCUUUGAGAGUAUCCCCGACAUGCUGGAGCUCGACCACCUGACAGUGUCCGGAGACGUCACCUUUGGAAAAAAUGUUUCAGUCAAGGGCACCGUCAUCAUCAUCGCCAACCACGGAGAUCGCAUCGAUAUCCCAGCCGGCUCCAUGCUGGAAAACAAAAUAGUAUCUGGUAACCUCCGGAUCCUGGACCACUGAAGCCUUUGUUGCCCUCCUCUCCCCUCCUGCCCUUAUCAUGUGACCCAUUUGGCUUUAUCCCAGUUAUGUGACCUGUUUGUCAUGUUUAGCUGACACCAACAGACUGUGAGAAGGGCUUUUCCCAGCAGGCUGUGUGUGAUUGUGUGUGCAGUGCAGGCUCUGCGUUCUCACCAUUAGGAAGCCGUGGACAUGGCUUACAGUGAGUUGGACACACCGCCCUCUACAGACUUACUAAAAUAUAAACCUUAAAUAGUUUUAGUCACAGCUUCAUAUUCUACAACAGGCCAGUCUGAUUAUAUUUUUAUUCUUUUAUCUCUUUCUUGGCCAGAAAAAUAGAGAAAGAAUCAAAUAGAUACUAUGGGACUCUACAAAUCUGAUUUGAUCAUCUUCAUCCUCACUGUGCACUUACAGCACUGCUAAUGCAAUCACAUAGUGUAAUGUACUUGAAUAGAAAGUCAUGGUUUCUGCAGUUAUGGGGGAGGUUUAACCAUUUAUUUCAAGCACAAUGGGACUCAACAUGGUUUCACAGUUCAGCUAUGACCAGAUUUGUUUAACUGAAAGAAAUAAUCGUUAUAUUUCAGUAAUUGUAGCUGUUAUCUGGACUUGGAGCUGGAGCCACUCUGUCACUCAUAGGACUACAACACACAACCUCCCACACUUACAAGUAACUAAAAACUAGUACAGUAUUCACUCGCCAUUUUUACCUCAAUAUCUUGCUCUUUAGCUGUAAGAGGUUUAUGAGAAAAAAAACUUUAUGCUUUGCUCAAGUGGAAAUGUUGGUGUAUAGAUGAAAGCAACAAGGUGACAUGGAAACAGACUGGGAGGAGAUUGUGAGUACACGACCUCCAAGAGAGUAAACUAGUAGCAUAUAUAGACAUCAGAUCUGUGGGGAGGAUGAGGAGACUGUUUGGUUCCUCAAACAAACAUCAGGUUUGACUGGUGUCGUUUUUAUUAUGUCGUCUCAUUGCAACCUGCUCUUCUGCAGUGGUUUAAUGGUGCCCAGCUGGAGAAUUAGUGCCGACAGUGGAUGAAAAUGUUGAUUAAUUGGCCAGAAUUGGUGCCUGGCAGGUACUGUAGCCUUCAGUGGACUGCUGCCUCUAAAGGUUAGGCUGAGGAGAGCGGUGCGAGUGAAGCAAAUCAGUAACGUUUAAAUAAAGACACUAGUCCACUGUUAAGGUUGCUCCAGUUAAUAGGUUUAAAUUAAGAUAAAACCUCAAAAUGAUGAACCAGGACAGCAGAAACAAAGCCUGAAGUGGUGUUUGUGCUAGAAAAUAAAAUGGUACUGAGCUUCCAGAUGUAGAGACUAGUGUGUAGAUUAGACCUCCAGUGUCCAGACUAACCUGGUCUGGGCUGAAAAGCAUGUUGGAAUUGGUGCCAUAGAGGAGAACUGUCCCUUGUUACCAUGUGAUGCCUGAACAAGCUGGACUGCUGUGAUCCAUGUCCAAGUACAGGAACAAUCAUUGCAGUCAAAAUACAGUAUACUGUAUGUAUAAUUUGAAAGUGAAGGCUUUUAUUUCCCUGUAUCACAUUAUGGAUUAGUUUUGUGGUUGUCCACAUUCAGAUCAUCAUGUCGUGUGAAACCUCAUGUGUCUGUUAAGGUGUCACAUGUCUCCUAUUUCCAUCCCGUCAUUCAGCACACAUUCUUCACACAAAGUAACAGGGGUGCAAUAUUUUCUGUAGUGUCACACACACAUUUGUCCUUCUGUAGUCGUGAGGACACUCAUGAUAAAUGUAAUUCAACCCUUAACCCCAAAACCAAGUCUUAACUCUUAGCAUAUUGAAGUUGUUGCAGAAAUGUCCUCACAGCAGUGAAGAACUAAAAUUUGUGCACACCGCCAUGUAAAAACAUACACACACGCAUUUAACACGUGUACAAGGUUUGGAAGAAUACUUGAGAUGUAUCUGACUUGUGCAGAUGAGGAACCUGAAAGCAAUAAGUGUUGAUCUGUGACAGUGACGAGGUCUCAGCCUCCUCAGAGCUGAAUAAAGUGCAAUAUGAAAUA